CGACCCCUGAGAAACCAUUUUCUCUCAUCACCAAUCAAGACCCAUCACUUUUGCAUCCUUUUCAUCACCAGUCCGCUAGUUCAUCAUUACUCACCAUGCCUGAAUCACAAGCUCUCUACCCAAAGAUUGAAACCUUUGACACUGGAUUCCUCAAGGUCUCAGACCUCCACACCAUCUAUUAUGAGCAGUCUGGCAACCCUGAGGGCAAGCCUGUGAUUUAUCUUCAUGGUGGACCUGGUGGCGGAACUUCUGCUCACGACCGCCGCUACUUUGACCCAGCUGUGUACCGCAUCAUUCUCUUGGAUCAGCGCGGUGCUGGAAAGUCAACCCCUACAGCCUCAUUGGAAGAUAAUACUACAUGGGCCCUGGUGGAUGACAUUGAGAAGCUUCGUGAACAUCUCAAAAUUGACAAAUGGGUCGUCUUUGGCGGUUCCUGGGGCAGUACUCUCAGCUUGGUGUAUGCUCAAGAACACCCAGAUCGUGUCAAAGCUUUGAUCUUGCGUGGUAUCUUUAUGCUUCGUCAAUCCGAACUUCGAUGGUUCUAUGAGCACGGUGGUGCCUCUAACAUUUUCCCUGAUGCAUGGGAUGAAUAUGUCAAGCCAAUUCCGGAGGAUGAGCGUGGCAACAUGAUCAACGCCUAUCACAAGCGUUUGACUGGUUCAGAUGAAGAGGAACGCGUUCGUUGUGCAAAGGCUUGGUCUACUUGGGAAUGCUCUACCUCCAAGUUGUAUGUGGAUCCAGUAGAGGUCGCUAAAGCUUCGGAGGACAUUUGGGCCUUGGCCUUUGCAAGGAUUGAGUGCCAUUACUUCUAUAACAAGGGCUUCUUCAAGACAGAUGCUCAUAUCUUGGAGAAUAUUGACAAGAUUCGUCAUAUCCCUGCAACGAUUGUCCAGGGUCGCUACGACGUAGUUUGCCCAGCCACUUCUGCUUGGGAUUUGCAUAAGGCUUGGCCAGAGGCUCAGUUUGAAUUCAUGGCGGAUGCUGGUCAUAGUGCAAAGGAGCUCGCAACCACUGCACGACUCGUCAAGGCUGCAGAUGAGUACAAGACUUUGUAA